AUGAACAAACAAGAAGAAAACAAAGAGGCAGUGGAGGCACCUGAAGAGGCAUCUAGUAAACCAGAUUCUAACAAGAACGAAGCAGGGCCAUCAAGAAAUAUGACUCCAAGAUCAUUAAAGGCCAAAUCCAAAAUUUCAAAGAAGCCUCUUGCUAGUAACUCGUUGAACACGGAUAAGAUAAUGUUGGUGCACAUGUUCGGAGAAGACAAAGGAGGAGGAAGAAGAAGCAAAUAUGGAAGGGCAACAAAGAAAGUAGCAACAAUGAGGAAUAUUGUUAUUGGAGAGCGUAAUGAUAAGAGGCAACGGCCUCAAAAGAACCAAGAGAAGAUCUCUGAGUUGGAAAAACGCAAACAAAAACAGAGAAACAAAGCAAAUAAUGGUGGGUCCAAUAAUAGUAUAAAGAGUCAAAAGAACAAAGAAAAGCGUGAUGGCAGACAGCCAGAUUGUUUCCACUAUUCUGUAAUGGGUGUUUCAACAAGUAAAAAAGAUCUUGUGAUAAGUAUCAAACCCGGGCUCAAACUAUUUCUCUUUGAUUUUGAUCUGAAGCUUCUGUAUGGGAUUUAUAAGUCAUCGUCUUCUGGGGGCAUGAAACUUGAGCCACGAGCUUUUGGUGGCGCUUUCCCUGUUCAGGUGCGGUUCACAGUUGAGAAGGAUUGUUUCCCACUAUCCGAGGCUGUUUUUAAGAAGGCAAUCAAGGAAAUUUAUAAUGAAAAGAACAAAUUCAAAACAGAACUUACUGUUAGACAAGUAAGAUUUACUUUUAGGAAGCUCACAGAACUUUUCCGACCAGCUGGGGUCCUCUCAAAUGCACACUCUGUCCACUCUCCACAAGUUGCUAGAGUUUAUGAUCAAACUCGGGAAGUUCAUGAAAGAGGAAGAGAAGUUUGGCCCUAUUCUCACAACGAAACACUCCCUAGGGAUCCUUAUUCCAAUGGUGAUUUUACUAGUUAUCCCUUGCUGUCUCAUGAAAGGGAUCAGCGUAUUGCACACAGAGAUGUGACUUCCAUACCAAGAGGGGAAAUUCCUCGUGAAUUAUAUCUAACUGAAAGGGAGUAUCGAGCUUAUGGUCUUCAGGGAGAGAUAAAAAAUUUAAGUACCCCAUCCCAAUUUACGCCUACUUUAGAAAUGUACCAGAAAGAAUAUGAAAGAGAGCACCUUCCAAGACAGCCAGACUAUCUAUACAGGGAUGCCAUCCCUGCGCAGAGAGAAACUCUUCGUAUUGACCCUCUCUACAUUAAUGAGAAAGAGUAUCAGGCUUAUGGUCUUGGUGCUAGACGAGAAUUGCCACCCACAGUUCCUGUAGCAACUGUGACAUCUGCUACUGCUUUAGGCUCCUAUGCAAAUGAUCCAUAUUACGCCUAUCGUUAUGGUGCUUUAUCAGGGGACCCAUAUUUACCAUCUGUGAGGAGAGAGGAAGUCCCUUCCAGUUCUUAUUCUGUUGUUGGAACGUUUCCAGGAGAGACUGCACAUUUACGCAGGAUAGAGACUGAUCAAGGAGCGGAUAGGUUAUACUCCACAUAUGCUGCUGAUGCCCUACAACGUUAUAACCAGACAGAGAACCGUCAGGUUGCCCAGCCUGAAGCUGUAUCUGUGCCAGUUUCAUCUCGAUAUCAGAAUUAG